UGCAAGAAACGAAAUCCUUCAAAGCCUUAUGGUCCCCCGCGCGACGACUCCGGCUUUGGAGUCGCAAACCCCCGAAAACGCAAAAAUGGUCAAGGACGCAAUACUAUCGCCAGCCUCGACGUCUUCUGACUCUUCCGUAGGAAGUUCCUCGCCCAUCUUCCGCAAGCCAGACGAGACUUCUUACUGGCCUACAUUCGCAACAAAAGAUGAAAUUCCCGGAUGGCUUAAGGACAAUGACUACAUUGUCGGAGGACAUCCAAUGCCUACCUACUCGUACAAACGAUCAUUCCGGCUUUGGCGCUGCCUACACAUGGAGAUGAUGAAUAUCUGGACCCACCUCGUCGGCAGCGCAGCUUUCGUAACGACCGGUAUCACUUUGUACAAUUAUGCUACUUCAAAGUCUCUCAGUCUCAGCGCUGGUGACAAGUUUGCUUUUGGAAUCUCAAUCACUGCGGGGGCUACUUGCUUUGGGCUCAGCACUACUUUCCACACCUUGAGAAGCCACUCAUACAACGUCCACCAUUUCUGGGGCAGGCUAGCUAUCUUCGGCAUCUGUCUGCUCGCGCUUGGAGGCGGAGCAUCCGCGACUUACUAUACAUUCUUCUGCAGCCCCACGGCUCAACGGAUCUACUGGAUGCUCAACGCUUGCGCAGCCUUCGGUGCUGCCGUUGUACUCUUCGAUACCGGUGGUGGUGGAGGUAGGAUGAGGGCCCUGCGUGGAGGUGUGUUCGUUUCACUUGCACUCACUGCGGUGCUUCCAAUUUUCCAUGGCAUUGGGAAGCUAGGCUGGGACCAGGCAUGCAGACAAAUUGGUGCGCAGUGGUAUUUGUCGGAAGGCUUGAUUCUGUGUCUUGGUGUGUCUUUGUUUGUGGGGAGAUUACCUGAGAGGCUCAGCCCGGGGACUUUCGAUGUCUGGGGUCAUUCGCACCAGCUGCACCAUAUCUGUGCUGUCAUUGGCACGGCGCUUCAUGUGGUCGCCUUGGUGACGAGUUUUAAAUAUCGUCAGUCACACCUAGAAUGUUAGAUGUUCAGUCCUACCA